AAGUUGGGUGUUAUUUUGUUAAGGUGACAAUUAGAUAAAUGGGAGGAUUCAUGGUUUCCACCUAAGAGUUGCGAGAUUCAAGCUCCGUUUACAGAAAAACAGAGUUCCAAGAAUAAAGAACCCUAAUUCUCCACCACAAACCUUUGGAGAUUACUUUCCUUGAUGUGCACGCCUCUUCUCUUUGGUUCACGAUCUCUUAUUCAUCUCUUUUGAUUUCGAAGGUUAGCUUCAAAGAGCUUUAUUUGAUUUGUGGACGAUGGCAACGAAGUCUAGUGCAGCGAAAAACAAACCGGAUAACCAGAGCCUCACCAAGUCAAGACCUCUUGGUCCAAAGCCAAAGCCGAAGCCGAAGCCGGUUCGAUCAUCGGAACCUGAGACGAACGCAGAAGGGUCUGGUCGGAAAACAGUUGAGAAGCCUCUGCCCAAUUAUCUGAAACCAACAGUCAGCUCAAGACCUGACCCUGUCAAGUUCUUGAGGAAGAAGAAAGCUGUUGAAGACGACAAUCAGAAGCUUAUUCGUAGACGGUCCUUUGAUCGUCCUCUUUCGUCUUCAUCAACCCAUAAAUCUCUGACCACCUCUCCUCCAGCACGCCCACGAGACAGACCUGCUGUUCCAAGGGAGAAUCCUGCCACUGGUCUGCGUUCUACAUCAUUCCAUGGAAGCAGCAGAGGCGGUCUCAGAGGAAGCACUACAGUGAAAUCUCCUCCUCUGGCUUCAAGAGGACGCCCAGGUGUAAAGAAGAGCGGUCUUAGCGGUACCAGUUCUUCCAAGAGCAAAAAGCAAGGUUCUGAGAAUGUUCCAAAGAAAAUUUUGGGGAAAGAGCUUACUCCGGAAUGUUCUUCUCCUGCGCCUACUCAUGAUGAUGAAGAUGAGAUUGUCAAGGUUGAGAUUGAUGUACAAGUUUCUGACGACAUAGAAGAACCGAAAGAAGAAGACAAAGGUCAGGAGGUUGCACAGCCUGAUGAAUGUGGGGAAGAUAAGGAGAACAGUGAGCUGGAGGAGCAGAAAGAACCAGAGAACACCCAAGAAGAAGAAGAAGAAGUUGUUGAAAAGAGAGUUGAUGUUGAGGAGAAAAGCGAGACAAUUGUUACUCCAGAUACGAAAGAAGCUGAGAAUGUGGAAGAAACUAAGGAAGAGAUAGAAGCACAAGGAACAACAGAGACAAAGAAGGAAGCGGUGAAAGGGAAGAAGGGGUCUCCAACAGCAUACAACGAUGUAAUAGCAAGUAAGUUGCAAGAGAGCUCCAGGAAGAACAAGGUCUUGGCUCUCGCUGGAGCCUUCCAAACCGUUAUUGACUAUGAAACUACUGCUGCAUCUAAGUGAUAUCAUAUUUUAUCUGCAUUAUUAUAUCACAUACAGAGACAGAAACCUCGUCUUGUUACUUUGUUAGCUUUCGUAUGUCCAUGUUGGAGAAAUGAAUCAUAUGGUUUUGCCUGUUGACAUAUCAAUGCUUUUGGAUAAGUGAAUCAUGAGUUUACCAACCGCCAUUGAUGGGCUUCACUUUUUUACUCACAUUUGCGGGUGAACAAACAUUGCAACGUGGAGUUUACUCGUAACAUUUUGGGCCUUGGGCUCUAAAUAUUACAGCCCAGUUUUCAAGAAAUGUUUGUAUUUUCUUAAAAAAGUUAAACGCUGAGAAAAGUCAAAUAAAUUUAGUAAAUCGAUUCUCGGUUUGCCUAUCCUGCAAAUUGCUUCUAGAUUAAGC